AUGGAUAAAUCUACUUUUGAUAUGGAUAAUAACACAAGGUAUUUUCAUUCCAUAGUAAACAAAAGAUUGCAUGUUAACACUAUUAAUGCUCUAUGUGAUACUAGUGGUAACUGGUAUAGAGACAGAGAUGGGAUUAACAACUUACUCACUAACCAUUUUAGGACUGUUGCCAGUACUUCUAAUCCUAUAAUGCCUGAUGAUGCUUUUGAUGUUAUUCCUAAACUGAUUACUGAUUCUGAUAAUAUUAUGCUGCAUUCUAUUCCUACUGAAAUUGAAAUUGAAAAUAAGGUUAAGCAUGUGCCUUCUUGGAGCUCUCCUGGUCCUGAUGGUUUUCAAGCAGGUUUUUAUCAAACUCAAUGGCAGUUAGUUGGUAAGGAUAUUGUUGAUGUUGUGCAAAGAUUUUUUACUAGUGGUCAAAUGCCUAGAUGUUUAAAUAGGACUUAUAUUUGCCUUAUUCCUAAAUACAAAACUCCAAAACAACCAUUUGAAUUUAGGCCCAUUGGUUUAUGUAAUGCUUCAUACAAAAUCAUAUCUAAAAUUCUUGCUAAUAAACUUAAGCCUUUUCUUAAGAAGUUGAGUUCUCCUUACCAAGCUGCUUUUGUCCCAGGUAGAGCAAUUCAUGACAAUAUCAUUAUUGCUCAUGAAUUGAUCCACUCCAUGAAACACAAGGAAGGUUUUUCUGGUGCUGAAACAAAUAAAAUCAUCACUGGUGUUAAGGUUUCUAGGAGAGCUCCUCCCAUUUCUCACUUGUUAUUUGCUGAUGAUAUUCUGAUAUUUGGUCAAGCUAACACUCAGCAUAUUAAUGCCAUUUUACAGAUUCUGCAGAAUUUUGGAAACUUAUCUGGUCAAAUGCUCAAUUUUGAUAAGUCUUGUGUUUACUUUAGUAAAAAUCUUAGUCCUCAUGAAUGUGAUAAUUUUUCUCAAGCUCUUAAUAUGGCAGUUAUAAAUGAUAAUGAGAAAUAUCUUGGUGCUCCUUUAUUACUGGGACAUUCUAAGAUCCCUACUACUCUGUUAGAAAAAUUAGAUUCUCUGCAGAUGAAUUUUUGGUGGGGUCAUAAGGCAAAGAAAGGUAUUAAAUUUAUAGCCUGGGAUAAUAUCAAUAAGGCUAAGGAGUUAGGAGGUCUAGGUUUUAGGGACCUUGAAACUUUUAACAUUACUCUUAUCUGUAAGUUGAAACUCAAUGAAAACUGUUCCUGGAUUUGGUGGGGUAUUUAUAGAAGUAUUGACUUUAUUAAGCAACAUAGUUUUUGGGAUAUCAUAUGUGGCACUAGAACCAAAAUAUGGCUGGAUUGUUGGGUUAUUGGUUUAGAUCAUCCACCCAUUCCUUAUGAAGGUCUUGUUAAUACAUUGUCUUAUUCUAAUAUUUUAGAUCUUUUUCAUUUAGGAACUAGGACUUGGAAUACUCACCUAGUUUAUUAUCUGAUUGACGCUGAAUCUGCAACCAAAAUUAUUUCUAUGGAUGUCCCUGCUAUUGGUGAAGAUACUCUUAUUUGGUUACCUGACAGAAAUGGUCAAUUUUCAGUCAAAAGUGCUUAUAAUGUUUUGUUUAAAUUACCUAAUCCCACUGCUGUUGUUCAGAAUGUUUCUUCUCAAGUCUGGAAAGUUUUGUGGAAGGUUAAAAUUCCUCAUAAAGUAAAGUUAUUUGUCUGA